UUCGGUUCGGUUCGGUACGGUUCGGUUUUACCAUAUUGAACAGCCCUAUAUUAAACCCUAAAUUACAAUCACUAAACCCAAACCCAAAUGUAAACUAUAACAUAUAGUUAUAAUAUUUUGAAUAAAAUUAAAAUAUAAAAUAGUAUAUACUAUUGACCUGAAAAAACUUAAAUAGUAUAUAUACUAUUGACCUGAAAAAUCUGAAACCCAAACCCAAAUGUAAACUCUGUCCUAAACAAUUGUCCUGAAAAAUAAGAAAACAAUGAGAUGGUUAUACAACCUCACAGUAUAGUUCAUGAGAAAACCAUGAAAUAACUUUAGAUUUCCAUGUGAAUAGAACAUAUUAUUCUAUGCACGUCAGAUUACUACACUAUGUAUAUACAUAUAUGUGUGUGUGUUUGACAAACAACAAAUUUUAUUCUCUUACAAAUGGAGUGUAUUCUAUGUACAAAGAAUCUAAAAGAAAUAAACCAACUAACCUCCGUGAAGUUUACUCAGAUACUACACGUUGUCGAAAUCACAUAAGAAAUAGGGCCUUCAACUCGCCAUCACAAUUUAUACCGUCUUCUUUGCUAAACUCGACGCCGACAUUUCUUUCGUCGCACGAGUUGAGUCUCUCUUAAAACACAUGUCUCAUUUAUCUUGACACAUUUGUUGCAACUCUAUUCUUCACCGUCCCUUCACCGUGAACACAAUGAGAUUCAUCGGAAGUAGCUACAUAUCUGAACAAAAUUGAUUAACCGCCCCAAUAUUUACUAAUAAAAAGUAACCUUUACAGAUAUGUGUGAAUAUCAAAAGGUAUGACUAACGUAUGGACACAAGUAACUUUGCCACAAUAAUUAUUUAUUUAAUUUUUUUAUUUUUUGUGUGCAGGUUUUCCCGGUUAUUCAUAAGGAUAAUAUGACUAUUUUUUAUAAAAUAGAAACGGUGUAUCGGUCAGCUACGCCGUUUGGCUAUCUAGUGAAUUAUGCUUUUUUGGGUUAUACAGUCCAAUUUCCCUUUAAUCAACUAUCAGUUUAUUCAAAGAUCACACGACUACAUACAUUAUCGAUAACUGGGCUAGUCUAUACAAGUAUAAGGAGAUUGGGAUCCAUUGCAAGUCUAAAGGACUACAAUCGAUUUCCUUUACGGACUUGUUUUAUUAUUAUUACUAGGGUGCGGGCAUAAAAAUAUAGUUUGAUAUCGAUCGAGUUAUUCUGCGCUUCUUCAUUGUCUGGAGACAGCAGGAAACAAAGUUGGUACGUUUGCUUCGUUUGAAAUGGAAAAGGGAAUCACAUGUGCUUGUUUUCUUUGGAGGAUCUACGAAGAGCUGAAUUGCAGCUAAGACAGCAGAAGGAAUUCUUUGGACAUCAUUGUUUCAAGUUCUUGUCAAUUUACAUAUGGAUUUCUUGUGGAUAUCGUCCUGUUAAAACGGGUAUCAAAAGGGAGGUAGAUGAAAAUUUAAGGCCUGGUGUUGAGGCUCUCGUAGACUCUUGCUCUGAUCAGGAUCGUCAAUAUCUCCAUACAGUAUUUGGUGUCUUGUUUUGCUCUUCUGCAGAAGGUCCUUGUAGGAACUAUCUAGCAGCUCUUAAACAAGAAUCCGAUUUGAAUUUCAAGUAUGGAAGAAAGGUUUAGAAAAACCAAAAUGGGACAAGUGACAGUUUAAAGCUAAAAGAAGAUCAGCGCAAGACUCAUGGAUGCAGUAUGGCAGAGAUAAAGAACAAGUUGUAUAGCUUUUUUUCCGGAAGCACCAUGUGGAAGCAUAAAAGUAUUCAAAAAAAAAAAAGUGUUUAGUUUUAGAAGUUACAUAUCUAUCUUAUUAAAACUGAAGUACAAAAUGAGAUUGUUUGGAAACAUGUAUAUGAGUUUAAAAAAUAAGAGUGUUUGGUAACAUGGAUUGUAGUCUUUUAAAAAAAUAUUACUUUUGUUUGGAAAUGAAGAUAGUAGUAUUAAGCAAAAAAGUAAUGGGCUUGUGUUAUUAAGAAAAAUUGAAAGUCCAUCAUAUUAUAA